AUGGGUUCUAAGAUUAUAGCUGAAGCUAUUGUGGAGAAUAUGCAGGCAAAACCAUUGAUGUGUGCUAAUGAUGUUAUUAUUAAAGCGAAGAAGGAUUACGGGAUUACUAUUAACUAUCAUGUAGCAUGGAGAACUAUUGAAGCUAGCACGAGUUGUAUAUUUGGAGAUGAAGCAUUGUCUUUUUCAUUCCUCACGUUGUACUUUCGCGAAGCUGGACAUUGUAAUCCCGAUAGUGUUUUCGACGUGGAAGUUGAUGAUGCAGAUAACUCGUUCAAGCGGUGCUUCUUCAGCUUUGGGGCAUCUUUAUCUGGGUUUAAUUUAUGUCAUCAAAUGCUCAUCUUGGAUGGCACAUUUUUAAAAGGAAAAUACAAGGGUGUUCUUCUAAGUGCCAUUGCGAAAGAUGCAAGAAAUAGUGAGUUUUACAUUUUCAGUUUUAGUUUCAGUGAUAGUUUAUUUUACUAUAGUGUUUUGACAUUUGUAUCAGAUCGGCAACGAGGCAUUUUGGAAGCUGUUAAAGACAUUUUUCCCCAUUGUCAUCAUUAUUUUUGCAUUCUGCAUCUAGAGAAUAAUUUGAAGAAUAGGUUGAGUGGGAUGCCGCCUAAUUACAGGGAUAUGUUAGAAAGACAAUUUACAGCUUGUGCAUGUGCUCCGACUAAGCAAAUUUUCCAUCAGAACCUUGAAAAAUUGAAAUCAAGUGGUUUGAAAAAAGUUAUUGAUUUCUUGUCGGAGUUGCCUUUUGAUAAUUGGACUUAUGCUUACUCUGAGACCCGUAGGUAUGGUGAGUUAUAUUUGAAUGCAGUAGAGUCAUGGAAUUCUGCAAUGAAGAAAUUCCGACAUCUGCCGAUUACAGAGUUGGUUGACUCCAUUCGGGGAUGGGUAACGGAUAAAGUAUGUGAAAGGAUUACAGAAUCGAAGGUUUUCAAAACGAUGUUGUGUCCAGAGAUGGAAAAGGUGCUUAACAAUAUUGUGGAUGCUGGAAGGACAUGUAAUGUGAGAAGGUCAACUGGAAUAGUUAUUCAAGUGCAUUCUGAUAUGCAUGUUAUUGUGGAUUUGUUUAAUAGAACUUGUACCUGUCGGAUGUGGCAAAUUACUGGUUUCCCUUGCUGUCAUGUAGCUGUUGUGCUCUUUAAUACUCCCGAAACUGAACGAUAUACAUAUAUUGACCCCUUGUUUUAUGCGUCGUAUUUCCGUAGCACUUAUUCGUUUCUAAUUCAUCCACUUUUGGUGGAUUUUGAACAGGUUGAGCAGCCUAUUGUUCGACCUCCUUCUUGCCAGACGCGAAAGGGGCAGACCGAAAAGGAAGAGAAUACCAUCUUGUGGUGA